UAUGGAUAUUGGCCCGCUCAUUCCUAUCCACAGACGCGCAGGCGAGUCGACCUUUCCCUCCGACUUCUCCAAGUCUCCUCCAAUCUUCCUCUCCCUUCCGUUCUCUCUCGUGUAACCAAAUACACCACACCUGCAUCCUUCACUUUCCGAUUAUUCCAUUUCCUUCGCCAAAUCUGGUAGCAAUCCGCUCUCCACCUUCUUCGCCGCCCAUUAAUUCCAACUUGCUCGCACCACUUUUGCCUUACCCAUUCUUUUUUCCUCCCACGAUUUCUUCCUUUACCCUCUACUACUUUCUUCGCGCUUCGCUUGCGUCGCGGUCCCCCAAUUUCAGUCCCACUCCGAUUUCAGCCCCUCCACUUUUCGCCGGAUCGUUCCGUCACCGCUCUACUCCGAUAAGUCUUCUGCAGCAAAUUGCAAAAAACAUUCUAAUCUAACUGAUUUUUGAGCCCUCAUGAUGUCUUUCCCUCUUGUCUCCCUAUCAUCAGCCCCUAAUAUAGUGCCCGACGGAAGAAAUUUUUUCCCUUUUAUCCCCUGUGCUGGACUUGCUUUAGUUCCCUCCCCUCUUUGUAAUCCAUCUUUCUCUUGCUGUUCCUCCCCACGCUCCAAUUUUAAUCCCAUUACCCUUCAACGCCAUCAUCUCUCGUGUUUCCGUUCAAUUUCCAACAUUUCUUUUACAUCUAGCAUCUCCAACAUUUAUGGUUCCAUCCAUAGUACCCGUUGCAAUUCCUCGGCUGGUAAUGAUGAGUUAGGAGAAUUUGAUUCCGAUGAAGAUGAAGUCCACCUCGAGGUUGGCAAUGACAACAAGGAAUCCUCCCCCACCAUGCAGGACAGAUGGCAUGUUUUGGGCCUUGGUCAAGCUAUGGUGGACUUUUCUGGCAUGGUUAGUGAAGAAUUUCUUCAUAGACUUGGAGUAGAGAAGGGUACAAGGACUGUAGUGAAUCAUGAAGAAAGGGGUCGAGUUUUACAGGCCAUGGAUGGCUGCAACUACAAAGCUGCUGCUGGGGGUUCUCUUUCCAACACCUUGGUGGCCUUGGCAAGACUUGGUGGCCAAUGCACUGGAGGACCUUCACUGAAUGUUGCCAUGGCGGGCAGCGUUGGAAGUGAUCCAUUAGGCGGAUUCUAUCGGUCAAAACUACAUAGAGCUAAUGUAAAUUUCCUUUCAUCACCAGUGAAGGAUGGAACAACAGGAACAGUUAUUGUCCUAACAACACCUGAUGCUCAACGUACAAUGCUUGCAUACCAGGGAACAUCUUCAAGGGUAAAUUAUGAUUCCUGCUUGGCAACUUUGAUAUCGAGAACAAGCAUAUUGAUUGUUGAAGGAUACCUAUUUGAAUUUCCUGACACAAUUAAAACAAUUAAACUGGCAUGUGAGGAGGCCCAUCAGCAUGGUGCUCUAGUCGCCAUCACAGCUUCAGAUGUAACCUGCAUUGAGAGACAUUAUGAUGAUUUCUGGGACAUCAUGGCAAAUGAGGCUGACAUCAUCUUUGCAAACAGUGAUGAGGCCAGAACUUUCUGUCAUUUUUCCUCACAAGAAAGCCCUGCUUCUGCCACAAGGUACCUGAGCCACUUUGUUCCAUUUGUCUCAGUCACAGAUGGCCCUAGGGGAUCGUAUAUAGGUGUAAAAGGAGAAGCUAUUUAUAUCCCUCCAUGGCCUUGUGUUCCGGUAGACACUUGUGGAGCUGGGGAUGCCUAUGCGUCUGGCAUACUUUAUAGUUUGUUACAUGGUGUAUCUGAUUUAAAUGGGAUGGGUUCAAUAGCUUCUAAGGUUGCAUCCGUUGUGGUUGGACAACAAGGGACUCGAUUGAGGGUGCAGGAUGCUGUAAAAUUAGCUGAUGCGUUUGCAUUGCAUCAUGAUAUAUCCCCUAGAUGGGCAGAUGUGGGUUCUGAUCAUAUUUCCAGUUAGUAAAGUAAUUUGUGUGAGAAAGAGGGUGAGAAAUAGAGAUCAGUUAACCUACAUCUAUCUAGUCAUGUAGACCCCCUGAAUAUUCUUUAUUAGAAUCAAAUAUACAUAUAUUAUUGAA